CGAACAUCGACGUCUCCCCGACCACCGGCAUCGGAUUUAGCACCCGUUCUCGCAUUGUCUUCCGACCCCCGGUAACAGCCAGUGUGAGUGCGCAUGCGCAGCACCCACAUAUACGAAGGGUGUCAACCCCUCAGGAACGCCUUGACCACCCUUCCUCGCACUCCAGAGCCGGCUCUGUAUUACGGCGGCUCCUCGCUCUUCGUUGAUCAUGUUCUCCCCGCUCCCGCUACGGAGGAAGCUGAAGCUUUCCGAUGGGCAGAUCCUCCCCUUUUCUGACUCUCGGACACCGUCACCUGUGCACACGGCACCCGUACAUCUGACGAAGCGCGGGUGGCGCUUCGCCACGUGUCUGGUGACAUUACUCUGCGUAGCUGGAGUCAUGUUGCUUCGGGCUAUUUCCGGUCAGCUCAGGUUGGAGCUGGGGGUGGUGCAGAGCCACUCGUCCCUGCCGCCGCUCUACGAGGCGUAUCGGUCACGAGAAGAGAAUCUGCCUCACUACGAGGAGUACGCGCGGAGGACGGACAUCAAGUACCUCUGGUCGGAAAACUUUGCACGCAGCGCAGGGUGGGGGAACAUCAUGCAGGACUUCAUGAUGAUGGCACUGCUAGCUCAUGCGACCAAUCGCUCCCAUGUCUUCAAUGACUACGUUUGGGACCCAAAUCGAGGGCCGUACAGCGAUUUCAACGGCAAAGUUAUCCCUUCACGUAUUCCGCUCACUGCCAUUGUCGGUGGUCCGAUGGUCGGUGGCGAUCUGCCACCAGAAGAUACGACCCCUCGCGCAGUGUCUAGUAGUUUCUUUCACGAAGUCUGCCCCAACCCGACCAUUAUUAACGUGAAAGACGUCAAUACCGAUGACAUGGUAUAUGGUGACGUGCCAGCCUCGUCAGUACUAAAAACGUGGAUCAAGAAAAUCGACUCCAUAGACGAUCCGUGUGUAAAGCUCGCUGGUGACAAUCCGCCUAUCUUCGAGGUUUGGAUAUACGGAGAUAAGAAACGGAUGCUUACCAUCUGGCCGUAUCUCUCGAAGACGCCUGUGAUGACACACUGGAGGUGGUCCCCGCUCGUCGUCGACGCAUUGAAGAGUAACCUUCGGCUAUUCACGUCGACAUCGUGGUUCUAUCCACUCGUCUCUGAUACACAAGAAUCUGACGCUCCCGAUAUGAUCCCUGGGCUUCUCGCAAUCCAUGUACGACGGGGCGACUUUGCCAAUCACUGCCGUCACCUCGCAACGUGGUCGUCCGACUGGAACGCGUUCAACUCUUUCCCUCAGUUCACUGACAAAUUCGAGGUCCCUUCGGACGUCGGUUGGGGGGAGACGACACCGGAGAAUAGGGCGAUGUACGAGCGGAGGUGCUAUCCUUCCAUCGAUCAAAUCGUGGAGAAGGUCUCCCAGGUUAGAAGUGACGCGAGAGGUUCACUGAAAUACCUCUACAUCAUGACGAACGGCGCGAUGGAGUGGGUGGAUGAGCUGAAACAAGCGGUCCAGCGAGCGACGUCAGGGUCUCAGCCAUGGGAUAGCAUCGCAAGUAGUCGUGACUUGAAGCUGACCUGGGAGCAAAAGUACGUCGCUCAAUCUGUGGAUAUGUACAUUGCCGAGCGAGCGCAAGUGUUGAUUGGGAACGGGUGGUCGAGCUUAACAUCAAACGUCAACGCUCUGAGAAUGGUAAAGAAGUUUUCUCCUGAUUCUGCUAGGUUCUGGUAGCGGACGUUAUUUUUCGGGACUGUGUACGGACCUGUGUUUAUUCCAUGACUAGAUAUACCCUACACUAUACUUUCCAGGACAUUUGGACAUUCACUGGCGGCCAUAGCCGACGAGAUAGCCAUCCCAUUCGCUCGCUAGGGUAACAGUCUUGUGGCAAUCUUGCCAAGGUGAUACCUUGAUAUUUAAUCACGUUCAAGUUACAG